CCCCCCUUUCCACCCUCCCCCAUCUUUCUCUCUUUCUGAGGUUCAGUCAGGAAUACGACGUUGCAGAGGCAAGAGAGCCCUGGCAGGAUCAGAUACAGCAGAGGCUGUCUGAUACUCAAAUUCAUCACUUUCAUAUUUGGAGUCUAUUUAACUCGUUUGGACUCACUUGAAAGGCAGACUGCUCCAUUGAACAAUUUUGGACCCCGGACUAAACAGGUACUUCACUGGACUUUAUUUUGGACUGUACUGGACUCAACUGGACUGCACUGGUUUAUAUUAGAUGUAUAUAGGAUCUGGUAUAAUCUGCUUCCUUGUGGCACCAGUGCUAGAAGUUGGCUGAUGAAUUGAGUUGGACUGAUUCUGCACCGCAGGGAUAUUUGUCUAGAGCUCGGGCAGUUUGGGAUUAAUCUGCCUCAGAUUACUUUUAGUAAAUUAGAAUAAAUUUAUUUAUUUAAAUACAUUAAAAGGAUAGAAAACAAGUUUUGAUUGGCCAGUUGCAGUUUGUUUAUUGAAUUUGGGUCAGGUUCUUUUUAACAGGAGGUCAGAAAAAAUAUAAUUGUUUCCUUUAUUAGGCGAUUCAUUUUGACAGUAUAUACGGUUGCAGUACUAAUGUUGGCCUAGUUUGAACCUCAUGUCUUGGUGGAGGGUGCAAAAGACCUUCAGGAGCAGUCGCAGCUUCAGCAGCAUGCCUCUCCUGUGUGUCCUGUGGCUGCUGACGCUCUGUCUGGCUCCUGGAAGCCAAGGCCAGAGGCUGAGGGAGGCGGACGGGGAGCAGCCAGCAGCCGGCACUCAGCUGGCGGAGAGAGACGCGCUCUGCCACCCGGAGGGAUGCUACACCGUCUUCCUCCAGAAGAGAACCUUCAGGGAGGCUGGGCGGAGCUGUCGGGAGCGAGGUGGGACCCUGGCAACGAUGCAUACCCACGAGGCAGCGGGUGUGGUCCACGAGCUGCUGUCGGCCAUCGAGGGAACCAGGUCGAGGCUUCGCCUCUGGAUCGGGCUGCACAGACCGCCACGCCAGUGCUCAUCCACCCGAGCACUCAGAGGAUUCGUCUGGGUCACAGGAGACCAGGACGGCCAGUUCACCAACUGGCUCCGCGAGGACACCCCCGGGACGUGUGCGGCCCCCCGCUGUGUGGCCAUGACCGUCCACACUUCUGAGAGCGGACAAGGGAGCAGUGACAACUUCCGGUGGAUCGACGGCUCCUGCGCGCUGCCGUUGGAUGGAUACGUCUGCCAGUACAACUACAAAGGAAUGUGUUCGCCGCUGGAGGACGAGGGCCGCGGUCCGGCGGUUUACUCUACCCCGUUUCACCUUGUCAGCACACUGCUGACCCACGUGCCCUAUGGCUCCGUCGCUGCUCUACCGUGCCCCGCGGACGGCUCCGACCCGGAGGCUCGGGCUGAGCAGACGGUGCUGUGCAUGGAGAGAGACGACAAGACAGUGGGCUGGUCCAGGGACGCCCCGCUGUGUUCAUCCAGCGCAGCUCCCCAGAACCAGGACUGGUGCAGUGAGGAUCACGGCUGUGAGCAGUACUGUCAGAACACGGACACGGACUACUACUGUUACUGCUCUGAGGGCUUUACGAUAGACGAGGACGGGUACGGCUGCAAGCCGGAUCCCCUGAGCCCAACGGACCCACCGGAAUUAUCCGCCGACUCUGCCGGUCCCACUGACCGGCCCCAUAUCAAAGAGGUCUGUGUGGAGAUGGGGUGCGAGUACGACUGUGUGGAGACACUGCGGGGCGUCCGCUGCACAUGCCCCCCCGGGUACCAAAUGGGUCCAGGUGGCCGCAAAUGCUCUGACGUCGACGAAUGUCAACAGCAACCGUGCACGCAAGUGUGUGUCAACAUCCCGGGCACCUUCCACUGCACCUGCUACGCCGGCUACCAGCCGGAUGAUGACGGCGAGUGCGCGGACAUCGAUGAGUGCGUCUUUGAGGACAGCUGCGACGGCCCUUGUGAAAACACAGCGGGCUCCUUCACAUGCCUGUGUAACCCCGGGUACGUGUUGGGCAGCGGAGGAGAGUGUGUGGAUGAAGAUGAGUGUGUGGGGGAGUCACCCUGCCAGCAGCAGUGUCUCAACUAUAUGGGAGGGUACCAGUGUUACUGUGACAGCGGCUACGACCUGCAGUCAGAUGGGCUGACCUGCCAGCCUUCGCCUGAUGAUGGAGAAUAUUCCACUCUGACCCCUGACCCCAGUGACUUCGCUCACAUGCCCGAAUGGGACCCUGACCACGAUAUUCCCUGGGCCACCUCAUUCACCCCGGACCCAAACUUUGAAGCUGACACUAACUUUGAUGUUGGCUGGCUGACAGAAGCCCCUGAAGUCCUCUCCCCUGACAUGGCUCAUGGUUCAGACAAUCAUCUGAACCAAUGGGAUGCCGUAUCACCAAAGCGAUAUCCGACAGUCCCAUCCCCAACGCAAAAAGACAACACGGGGAACGAAAUUGACCACGAGGAUGAAACUAAGACUGGAGGCAGUGACGCUCGCGAUAGGGGGAUGGCUGACACUGCAAAUGGCUCAGUCACUGGAACAAGGCAGGGCGAGGGAUCUAACGUGGAUAGCACAGAGGAGGCGGGGGCUGAUUCCGCUGCAGGUGGCAGGAAGCAUGACAAGAGCUGGUUACUGGUGGCCCUGCUGGUGCCUCUGUGUGUGUUCCUCGUAGUGAUGCUGGCUCUGGGGAUCGUCUACUGCACCAGCUGUGCUGUGGACAAGAGCCUGAGCUUCUCAGACUGCUAUCGCUGGCUACUCCCUACAACGCCUCCUGGCAGGAGGGACGGCAAAACCCAAGCAUGAACCCUGAAAUAAACAAAUACACACACAGAUGUUGAUUUUGUUUGUUCCUCCCCAUUUCUCUUGUGUGUAGCAGGGCUGGUCACUAAACCUACCAUUUGGAUAUAAUAGCCAACUACUUUAUGUUGCAAACCCCUUGUAAAUACCUAACUUUCUGAUUGUGUUUUUAGAAUUCAAUAAAAACAAUAAACUGAUGAAAUAC